AAGUUCUGAGUUGUUAGGCAAUUGGGACAAAUACAGAAUGUGAGGUCCUGUUUCAGCCAAUGGAAACCAGACAUAGCAGUAGGGUGGACGUGUCAGCUUAUAAAUGACCCUGUCUCCUUUGGUGUACUCUUGUGGCAAAAUUGCUGAGAAAGUCCAUGACGAUUUGGAAUUCAACCUCAGGGCAAAGUUCUCCCCUGUACUUGAGACACUGCGCAACUAACUGGAACCAAAGGAUGCAACCUGGGUGUUUAAUAUAUUAGGCACAGUUGAUUUCAGUGACACUUUCCAUGCAGAUACUUCAAGCAAAAUAAUGGAGCCCCGAAGACCGAAUGUGAAGACAGCAGUUCCAUUGUCUUUGGAAAGAUACCACAUAUCUGAAGAGUAUGGCUUUCUUCUUCCAGAUUCUCUGAAAGAACUUCCAGAUCAUUACAGGUCUUGGAUGGAAAUUGCCAACAAACUUCCUCAAUUGAUUGAUGCUCACCAGCUUCGAGCUCAUGUGGACAAGAUGCCCUUGCUGAGCUGCCAGUUCCUGAAAGGUCACCGAGAGCAGCGCCUGGCCCACCUGGUCCUGAGCUUCCUCACCAUGGGUUAUGUCUGGCAGGAAGGAGAGGCCCAGCCGGCAGAGGUCCUGCCAAGGAAUCUUGCCCUUCCAUUUGUCGAAGUCUCCAGGAACUUGGGGCUCCCUCCUAUCCUGGUCCACUCAGACUUGGUGCUGACAAACUGGACCAAAAAAGAUCCAGACGGAUUCCUGGAAAUUGGGAACCUGGAGACCAUCAUCUCAUUUCCUGGGGGAGAGAGCCUGCAUGGCUUUAUACUGGUGACUGCUUUGGUGGAGAAAGCAGCAGUGCCUGGGAUAAAGGCUCUUGUUCAGGCCGUGAAUGCUAUCUUACAGCCCAACCAGGAGGCCCUGCUCCAAGCCCUGCAGCGACUGAGACUGUCUAUUCAGGACAUCACCAAAACCUUAGGACAGAUGCACAAUCAUGUAGAUCCAGACAUAUUUUAUUCAAUCAUCCGGAUCUUUCUCUCUGGAUGGAAAGAUAACCCAGCAAUGCCUACAGGGCUGAUGUACGAAGGAGUUUCCAAAGAGCCCCUGAAAUACUCGGGCGGGAGUGCAGCUCAGAGCACAGUGCUUCAUGCCUUUGAUGAGUUCUUAGGCAUUCGUCAUAGCAAGGAAAGUGCUGACUUUCUGUACAGAAUGAGGGAUUACAUGCCUCCUUCCCAUAAGGCCUUCAUAGAAGACAUCCACUCAGCACCUUCCCUGAGGGACUACGUCCUGUCCUCUGGACAGGACCACUUGCUGACAGCCUAUAACCAGUGUGUGCAGGCCCUGGUAGACCUGCGGAGCUAUCACAUCACGAUGGUCACCAGAUACCUCAUCAUAGCUGCAGCCAAGACAAAGCGUCAGAAGCCAAACCAUCUCCCAGGGCCUCCUCAGGCUUUAGAAGACAGGGGCACAGGUGGAACCACAGUUAUGAGCUUCCUUAAGAGUGUCAGGGAUAAGACCUUGGAGUCAAUCCUUCACCCAGGUAGUUAGGAGGCUGCCCUCUCCCCAGCAAUGCAGAGCUCCCAUGGAGGGCAGGUGGGCCUGGAGAAUGAGGGUCAGGGUUCUGCCUGGGAUCAUCCAGGAAGGAUCUCAGCCCUAUUCAUGUUCCUGCUCUACAGAGCACCAUAAUCUCCUUGUCGAGAACUGUUGACUUCAGAAAGGACACUUGAUGUGGCCAAGACUUUCCUUCUCUACCUGAUCACUGCUAAAUAGCAAGUAUCAUGGAUAUUUCCUCAUGCAGAACCCCCCAGAGGAGUGACUGUACCCCAUUCUCUUCGCCAAGUAGUAGAAAACCAAUCUGAAUUUCAAAAAUCAGAUAAAAUUGCCCGGGGAUAUAUUACCUGCUGAUUUUCUUAAAAAACAAAUUCACUUAACAAUUCAUUAAGUUCCUACUGAGCACUGCCUCCAAGAUUAGAACAAGGAUUUCUGUGGUCCCAGACCAGCCCUCUUCUCCCUGAAUGUGUUGAGUUUGGUGUCAGGAGGUUGGAAAUGCUCCAGUGGAGAUGUGGAAGAAAGAGGAUGCUGACAAUAAGGACUUGGAUGCCGCCAGAGUGAAAAUGAGCAGUUAAUGAUACGGGAACGGAUGAGACUUUCCACGUGGUACCUAGAUUUGCAAAUUGUAUUGUAAUGCCUUUCUUUAUUUUUAGAAGGAUUAUUCUCUCUUCUUACUCUGAAAAUCUGUAUUUGUAAAAUGAAAGAAUGGAUCUUAUAUAAGAAAAUAAGAAAACUGGGAAUAAGUAGUAAAUCGAUGUGGUGAGUGUGCAAAUAAAUGUGAAUGCUUUUAUUGACUUGG